GGGCGGAUAUAAACACUGAUAACUGAGACAUUUCGCUGUUUGUGUGACUAAAUUAGGGCGUGAGCGUCUUCUCCAACCAGCCCGGUCCUCCUCAUCAGCAGCUCAUUAAUAUUAAGCAGUUCCCGGAGCCAUAAGACCUGCCCCCUCUCACGCUGACUGACGCUUUCAGCAUCCAGCAGCUCAGCUCGCCGGCUUUCACCAGAAACUCGGACCGUACUUGUGGAAGAGACAAUGGCUCUAAGAGGACAUGUCUCCUGUCUGCUCAGGGCUCAGCUGAGACAUAGAUCCCACAGCAGAGCCAAGUCCGUGGCUGUUCUAGGCGCUCCGUUCUCCGGAGGACAGAAGAGACGCGGAGUGGAACACGGACCUAAGGUCAUCAGAGAUGCGGGUCUCAUCGAGAGGCUGUCCAGUCUAGAUUAUUCAGUCCACGACUUUGGCGACCUCAGCUUCCAGCACUUUGAAAAGGACGAACCCAGCUUGGGUGUGAAUUUCCCUCGAACUGUGGGCGCGGCAAGUCAGAAGCUGUCAGGCGCAGUGAGCAGAGCCAUUGGUGCCGGGCACACCCUCGUCAUGUUGGGAGGAGAUCACAGCCUCGCCAUUGGAUCAGUGAGUGGCCAUGCCCAGCAGUGUCCUGAUUUGUGUCUCAUCUGGGUUGAUGCUCACGCAGAUCUAAACACACCCAUGACCUCCCCAUCGGGGAACCUUCACGGCCAGCCCGUGGCGUUCAUGCUCAAAGAGCUGCAAGACAAGAUUCCAGAUGUUCCUGGAUUUUCAUGGACUAAACCAUUUCUGUCCUCACGGGACCUGGUGUACAUCGGACUGCGAGAUGUCGACCCCGGAGAGCACCACCUCCUAAAGACACUGGGCAUCCAGUACUUCAGCAUGAGAGAUAUCGACAGAUUGGGCAUUCAAAGGGUCAUGGAGGCCACUCUUGAUCAUCUUCUGGCGAGAAAGCAGCGCCCCAUCCACUUGAGCUUCGACAUCGAUGGGUUUGAUCCAUCGCUGGCUCCUGCAACUGGAACACCGGUCAACGGAGGUUUGACAUACAGAGAGGGCAUCUACAUCACAGAGGAAAUCCACAACACAGGUUUGCUCUCUGCCGUUGACCUGGUAGAGGUGAACCCCUUCCUGGGAGCAAACCGAGAAGCCGCAGAGACCACAGCCUCGUUAGCGGUCGACGUCAUUGCAUCAUCACUGGGACAAACCAGAGAAGGGGCUCACGCCUCCAUCGACACCAUGACUGCUGUGAAAAAUGACACAGAGCUGCUCUGCCUCUGAGGACAUCAAGCAAACUUACAAACUUUAAAUCUAACCAUUCCACAAAUUUACCGCCUGCUGUUUCAUCUGGAAGUCAAAAGUAACAAAAAGCAAAAUAAUUUCUGGAAUCCUGAAAACACGAAAAGGACCUUGAGAUGUUUGUUACCCUGAGUCAAACCUUUGAGAAUAUGUUUGGAAAUUAAUGCACUUGCUGAUGGAACUGUGAAUAAUGUAAGAGGCAAUACUAUUUAUUUUGUUACUGUGUGUUGGAGUGAGUGUGACGCAUGUCCGGUGUUUGAGAACAGAAUGCCUCAGAGGCACGAACAAGUCUGACUUUGACAUAAAUGGUAAAUGGCUUGUUUUUGAUAUAGCGCCUUCUAGGGUCCUGGAACCCCCCCCCCCCCCCCCCCAAGGCGCAUUCACACACACAUUCACACACUGGUGAUGAUGAGCUACGAUGUAGCCACAGCUGCCCUGGGGCGCACUGACAGAGGCGAGGCUGCCGAGCACUGGCGCCACCGGUCUCUCUGACCACCACCAGCAGGCAAUGUGGGUUUAGUGUCUUGCCCAAGGGCACAACGACAGCGAUAGACUGAGCAGGGCUUGAACCUGCAACCUUCCUUUAACGGGACGAGCACUUAACUCCUGUGCCACCGUCGCCCCAACAUUCAUUGACUGAUAUGGACUAAAAGAUUUUAUGGCUGUGCCAGAUAGUUUAGUCACUUUUCAUUUUUGGACAAGCUGCGGUUACUGUUUUUUUUUUUCUUUAGAGUUAAUAUUUGUAUUUGAAUCUACAUGAAUUAAAAUUAGAGGUCACUACAGUGCUGGUGAAAAUGCACACUUACAUAGUUAUUGGUCACUAGUUUGGUUUUAUUUCUGGUGGCAUGUUACAGAGAGCUUUUAUUUUGGUCUUCCAUAAAAGUCGUUAACUUUUUGUUUGCUUGAAUGUGUCUUAUUCUUACUUUAGUAAUGGAAUUUUCUGAAAAUAAAACAAAGCUCUAAUUUCCACCAAA